AACAUCUUCCACCAGAUUUCUGUGGAUAAUAACCGAAACGAAGGAAGGGAAGGGAGUGGAGCUAGCAACAGCGAGUCCUCAUUGCAAGCUUCUGCAGUACAAUGGCUAGCACAGGGCUAUUCCGCCUGCCUGCUAGCUGCAGAGGUGUGUUACUACGGACAACAUACAAUCGCUCCCCAGUGCCAUCUAAGCUCUAUCAAAGCCAUGGUAGAAUCAGUGCGACAUUGGUCCAUACAGGAACCCAGCGCCAAUUAUCCCUCGUCACUGCUUCUCGAAGGCAUUUCCAUCCUUCUCUUGCCAAAUCAAAUUCAGUAACAGCCAAUGGCAGAGAAGGCUCCAUUCCAACCUCUGAGUCCGAUUCUCUGCCUCUCGAAACUUACCAACAGCCAAAGACUGGCCUUCUUUCAGUCCUUCCGGCAUCAUGGGUUCCGUAUGCCGAGCUUAUUCGACUCGACAAGCCAACUGGAACCUACUACCUCUUCUUUCCAUGCCUGUUCUCGACACUCCUUGCCGCUCCUCUAGCAAUCCCCAUAGCCUCUCCUCUUUCAGUUCUCGGCACAUCCCUACUCUUCUUCAGUGGUGCUCUUAUCAUGCGUGGAGCAGGCUGUACUAUCAAUGACCUCUGGGACCGCAACCUCGACCCUCACGUGAGACGAACAAGACUUCGACCUAUUGCCAGAGAUGCAGUCACUCCUUUCAAUGCUCUCAUAUUCACGGGUGCUCAGUUGCUCACUGGCCUCGGCAUCUUACUGCAGUUCCCAUCCCAAUGCCUUUUCUACGGGACCCCAAGCUUGCUGCUUGUGGCAGCAUACCCUUUGGCCAAGAGAGUUACCUACUAUCCUCAGUUCGUUCUUGGGCUUACUUUCUCAUGGGGCGCUAUUAUGGGAUUCCCUGCCCUUGGGGUCGAUUUACUACAGAACAGUGCAGCUCUCACAGCAGCAGUGUUUCUCUACACCUCGAACAUUGCCUGGACUGUGUUGUACGAUAUGAUUUAUGCCCAUAUGGACAUAAAGGAUGACUCAAAGGCUGGAAUCAAGAGCAUUGCAUUGAAGCAUGACAAGCAGACGAAACAGAUCUUGAGUGGCCUGGCUGUUGCUCAGAUCGGUCUCUUGGCAGGUGCCGGCAUGGCCGCUGGAGCUGGUCCUGUAUUCUUCGUUGGAAGUUGUGGUGGUGCUGCAGUAACACUGGCGAUAAUGAUCAAAAAGGUCAACUUGAAGAGUGUCAAGGAUUGUUGGUGGUGGUUUGUCAACGGAUGUUGGUUGACUGGAGGUGUGAUCUCUGCUGGACUUGGGGCAGAGUAUCUUGUGCAAUUUUCCAAAAGACCAGGCCAAGACGAUGAGACGAAGGAACGUGUUUGAGAGUGUACAAUUGAUCGGCGUGUACGACAAUGUUCUGAGGUAUUGAGAACCCAUUUCACCUUCCAUAAGUGUAUCA